AUGAUUAUCCCGGUUAGGUGCUUUACAUGCGGAAAGGUCAUUGGAGAUAAAUGGGAGGACUACGUCAAGUUGCUGAGGGAUGAUGUGACUGAAGGAGACGCAAUGGACCAACUAGGACUGAAACGAUACUGCUGCAGACGUAUGGUUCUCACACACGUAGACCUCAUUGAGAAGUUACUCCAAUACAAUCCCAUGGAGCGAACAAAAGAGCGCAUGACGCGCGAUGGCUGA